UCCGGGCAGUGACCCGGAUGUUGUUGCCAUCGCGGCGGCCGCCGGACAGGGACGAUCGCGGGUCUGCUCCGGAUUCCCCCUCUCCCCGCGCGCUCCGCGCCUUCCACCGAGGGGGGGGGGUUUGCGCGGUGGAACGUCAGCACGGUGACGUAGCACCCUCCCUCCCGCUUUCCUGGUGGGGGGGGGGUGGCGGCGGCACGAACACCACCCCCCACCCCCGGUGUCCGUCCUGCCUCUGCGCGCAGCAGGCCCCGACCCCGCCAUGGCGGCAGCGGGGGGCGGGGCCUGCCCGGGGGGCGGGACCGCGCUGGAGGAGGAGUGCGAGGUGGUGCGCGUGCGCGUGAAGAAGAGCGAGGGGCUGCUGCCGCCCGAGUUCCGGUCCUUCGCCGUCGACCCUCAGAUCACAUCGCUGGACGUGCUGCAUCACAUCCUGGCCCGCGCCUUCGACCUCCAGGGGAAAAAGAGCUUCUCAGUCAGCUUCGCGGCCCGUGACCCGCAGGGCCAGGAAACCUUCAUCCCGCUGCUGAGCGAUGGGGACCUGGCAGCUGCCUUCGCCUGCGCCCGGCCCACCCUGCGCCUGCGCCUCGACGUCCGGCCCCCCGCCGAAAGCCCGCUGCUGGAGGACUGGGACAUCAUCAGCCCCCGGGAGGUGGCAGCGGCAGAGCCCCUUCCUGAGCGCCGCUCGCUCCUGGCUGCAGCGCUGCCCUUCACCCAGGCCCUGCUGGCACAGGUGGGCCGGACGCUGGCCCGGGCCCAGGCAGCCCUGGCGUGGCCCGAGGGGUCCCCUCCCUCGCCCCCCCCGCCACCGGCCCCCUGUGCCCCACUGAGCGACGCCGACCUCCGCACCUACCUGGGCCCUGGUGGGCGGCUGCUGCGCCCCCACGACCUCCGCCUCCACGUCUACCACGGCGGCGUCGAGCCGGGCCUGCGUAAGGUGGUCUGGCGGUACCUGCUGAACGUCUUCCCGGCAGGGCUGUCGGGGCAGGAGCGGCUGGCCCACCUGCGGCGCAAGGCGGGCGAGUACGCGACGCUGAAGGCCCUGCUGGCUGCCCGAGCAGCCCCGGCCGAGCUGGCGCUGGUGGGAGCGGCUGUGCGCAAGGACGUGGUGCGCACUGACCGGGGACACCCCUAUUUCGGGGGUCCCGAGGAGGGACACCCCCACCUGGCCGCCCUGCAGGCCCUGCUCACCACCUUCGCCCUGGGCCACCCGCGCCUCUCCUACUGCCAGGGCAUGUCGGACGUGGCUGCCCCGCUGCUGGCUGUGCUGGAUGACGAGGCCCAGGCCUUCCUCUGCUUCUGCGCCCUCAUGCGCCGCCUCGGCCCCCGCUUCCGCCCGGGCGGCCGGGGGCUGGCCCGCGCCUUCGCCCACCUCCGGCGCCUCCUGCGCCGCGCCGACCCGCCUUUCUGGGCUUUCCUGGCCGCGCGUGGCGCCCACGACCUGCUCUUCUGCUACCGCUGGCUGCUGCUGGAGCUCAAGCGGGAAUUCGCCUUUGAGGACGCCCUGCGGGUGCUGGAGAUCACCUGGAGCUCGCUGCCGCCCACCCCGCCGCCCCCCCCGGAUGGCAUCCCCCUCCUGGGUGCCCCGCUGGGGCCGCGCCGGGCCUGCCGAGGUCUGCGUGAGCGGCGCGGGCUGCGCCCCCGGCCCCCGCGCCGGCGGCGCAGGCAGCGGGGCGAGAGCGAGACCCCGGCGGAGGCGGCCGGCGUUGAAGGUGGCCAUGAGGCCUGUGGGGACAGUCAGGAGGGUCCCAGGAGCUCCAGCAACGUCCAAGAUGGUUCCAAAGCCUCUGCGGAUGUCCCAGCGGCUCCUGCAAGCUCCAUCAACGACCGAGAGAAAUCAAAGAGCUCCAGUGACAUCCAGGAGGGUUCUGAGAGCUCCAGGAGCAUCCAGGAGAGUCCCGAGAGCUUUAGGCGUGAGCAAGAGAAUCGUAAGAGUUCCAGCAAUGUCCAGGGUGGCUCCAAGAGCUCUGGGGCCCACUGCAAGAAGCCUGAGGUAUUUGGGGACGUCCAGCCUGGUCCUGGUGGUUCCUGGAAUAACCAAGAGGAUCCGAAGAUCUGGGAGGUCUGCAGCAGUGCCAAGGUCCCUGGGGAUGGCCAGGGUGGCCUUAAAGCCUCCAGGGAGGUCCCAGGCGCUGCUAAAGUCCCCUGGAGCAUCCGAGAGGAUCCCAAAGUCCCCAUGCCUGUUGGGGAAGCCCUUGGUGUCUGUGCGGAGGUUGGCCAAGACCCUGGUGUUCCCAAGAAGGUCAUCGAAGGCACCGGCGCUCUCGAGGAGAUCAGCAAACAACCCGGCACCUACAAGGCAGGCUCCGACGUCUCUGAGGCAGCUGGCAAAGACCCCGGCGCCGGCGCCGAUGUCUGCGAGAACGCUCGCGAAGGUCACAACAUCUCUAAGAACGUACGUGAAGAUCUGAACGCCCAGAAGGUUGGCGACGGCCGCGGCGUUUCCAAGAGGAUUGUGGGAGACCCUGACGUGCCCAAAGAGAUCGGCAGAGACCCCAAAGGGAUUGGCAAAGACCCCAAGGUCUCCAAAGAGGUUGGUGACUCCCUCAAAGAGGUUGGCAACGCCCCCAACUCCCCCCAGAAAGUUGGUGAAGACCCCGAAGAGGUAUGCGAUGACCCUGACGCGGGCAGGGAGGCUGCCGACGCCCCUGAGGACCCCUGGGGGGGUGGUUGGGCCUGGGAGGAUUCCUGCUCCUCUUCCUCAUCCUCGUCCUCCUCCUCGUCCUCGGAGGAGGAAGUGGGUUUGGAGGACGACGGGGCGCCGCUGCCACCGCCGGAGGAGCUGGGGCAGGGGAACCCCUUCCUCCUCUUCCUCUGCCUGGCCAUGCUGCUGGAGCAGCGCGAGGCGGUGAUGGCGCGCGCGGGGGACUACAACGAGGUGGCCAUGCACUUCGACCGCCUGGUGCGGCGGCACCACCUGCCCCGCGUCCUGCGCCGCGCCAAGGGGCUCUUCGCCCGCUACCUGGAGGGCUGGGGGGGCGCGCCCCCGGGGGGGCCUGCCACGGGCUAGGGGCGCCGGGGGGCUGGGGGCAGCCCUGCCGGGGGACGUGGGGGACAACGUGGGGACCCGGAGACACCCCUGGGACCUGGAGGGCCUCUCGGGGGUCCCGCAGGUCACCGCGGGAGCCCUAGGUCAGGGUGGGGACCCGUAGGACGAUGUGGGGACCCCACAGAUGUCACAGGGGACACAGAGGCCAAUGUGGGGACCUGUAGGGCGGCACAGGGACCCCGCAGACCCCCCGCGGGGGCCCGUAGGGGGCCUGUAGGGCGGCACAGGGACCCCGCAGACCCCCCGUGGGGGCCCGUAGGGGGCCUGUAGGGCGGCACAGGGACCCCGCAGACCCCCCGCGGGGGCCCGUAGGGGACCUGUAGGGCGGCACAGGGACCCCGCAGACCCCCCGCGGGGGCCCGUAGGGGGCCUGUAGGGCGGCACAGGGACCCCGCAGACCCCCCGCGGGGGCCCGUAGGGGGCCUGUAGGGCGGCACAGGGACCCUGUAAAUGUCCCAUAGGUCACCACGGGGACCUAUAGGCCAACACAGGGCCCCAGAGACACCCCUGGGGACCUACGGGUCACCAUAGGGACCUCGUGGAUCCCCCUCGGGGACCCCUUAGACACCCACGGGCCCCCCCGGGGAUGUAUAGACCCCCCAGCAGCCCACAGAUCCCCAUGGGGGGGGUCCGAAGACAGGCCAGUAUGGACCAGUACAGCCCAGUGCCUCCCCUCUGGGAUUCUGUCACCUUGGGGCAUCCAAAUAUAGACCAGUAUGAAGCACUACGACGUCUCAGCUGGAAACUCCUGGAUACGCGUUGCCUUGGGCCAGACCAGUACGGACCAGGAAGUGUCCGGGGCCUAACUGGGACCCCGUGUAUGCGUCGCCUUGGGUCGGAGCAGGAUGGACCAGUACAGCAUCCCAACUGGGAUCACUGCAUUGACAUGGUCAUCAGCCAUCCCAGCAGCACAGGCCAGUAUGGACCGGUACGGCAGCCCAACUGGGAGCUCUUCACCCGCGUGGCCUUGCGUCCUCCCAGUACGGACCAGCAUGCACCAGUACAGCAUCUCACCUGGGACCUCUUCACCCACGUGGCCUUGCGUUCUCCCAGUACGGACCAGUGCAGCAUCUUGCCCAGGAUCCCUUCACCCGUGUGGCCUUGUGUCCUUCCAGUAUGGACCAGUAUGAACCAAUUCAGCAUCUUGCCCGGGAUCUCUUCACCCGUGUGGCCUUGUGUUCUCCCAGUAUGGACGAACAUGGACCGGUAGGGCGCCCUGACUGGAUCUUGGUGCACAUAUGGGUUCUCCCAGUAUGGACUACUGCAACCCAGUUCCUGCCCCCCCCUCCCCCGGGUGCCUUCUCACCCCCCUCCUUAUUUAUUGCCCCCCUCCCGUGGGAGGGAGCCAGGCAUCCGGGGAUCUGUGAGGCACCGAGGACGCGAAUAAACCUGAUGCCCGUGA